UCUUUCUUUCCUCUUUGAGUCAUUCUCCAAAAAGAGAACCGGGGAAGAAUUUGCUAUCCAAAGGUUGCCUUUUCUACACUCCUCGCUUUUCCUGAUGCUCCAGAUGGGGGACCAGAAUCUCUCCAUAGGUGGGACUUCCCCAAGUCCUUUCACCGGCAAUGGAACUGAGAUGAUGGGAAGCCCAGGGAUGAAUUGCUCGGAACCUGGACAAGAUUUCCAACACACCUUUUAUGCUGCCACCUACUCCAUCAUUUUCAUCCCAGGCCUCCUCACCAACAGCAUCGCUCUCUGGAUGCUAUGCCUCUUUAUCCGAAAGCAAAACAAAGCCAUCAUCUUCCUGCUGAAUCUGGCCACCGCGGACUUCAUUCACGUCCUCUCCUUACCUCUGCGGAUUUAUUAUUAUGUCAACUACAAGUGGCCCUUUGGACUCUUCCUCUGCCAGCUUUGCUUCUACUUGAAGUACCUGAACAUGUACGCUAGCAUUUGUUUCCUCACCUGUAUCAGCGUGCAAAGAUACCUCUUCCUGCUCCAUCCCUUCAUGGCCAAAAACUGGAAGAAGGGCUACGAUGUUGCCAUCUCGGCUACCGUCUGGUUGGUGGUUGGCGUAGCUUGUCUGACCUUCCCAUUGCUGAGAAAGACCCUGAGUUCGGAAGCUUGCUUCUCCGAUCUCAGCAUUGAAAAGAUCCAGAACACGGCGGCUUUGAUCGGGAUGCUGAUUGUGGCCGAACUGGUUGGGUUUUUGUUCCCUCUGGCCAUCAUCGUCUACUGCACUGCCAAGACCAGAGCUUCCCUCCAGGAAUAUCAAAUGCCUUUACAAAACACCGCCAAAAAACAGAAGGCGUUACGGAUGGUGUCCAUGUGUGCCGUCGUGUUUUUUGUGUGUUUCGCCCCCUAUCACCUCAUGUUUUUCUUCUUCAUGUUGGUCAAAGAAGAUGUGGUGAAGGGCUGUGCUGUAAAACAAAGUGUCUUGUAUCUGCACCCUUUUUUCUUAAGCCUUGCCAGCUUCAACUGCUGCUUGGAUCCAUUCUUGUACUUUUUUGUGACAAGGGAAUUCAAUGAUCGGAUACCAACCUACAGGAGCUUGUCCUUCAGAAAUCGUUUGUUAAGCAAGGAAAGCGCUUCUUCGAUGAAGGAAUAAAUUAGCUGGACUUCAAGUUGGACAGAGGAUUGGAGGGUCUACAGGAGGUGCCCUAGUUCAGACUGCACCUCCAGAUAUCCUGUAGCAUAAGAAUGCACUCACAUACCACGUCAGAGAAAAGUUUCCUUAGUUAUGGUUGGAUGAUGGAGCAAUAGUUGCAGUGGUGAAACUCCAAAUUUUUUUACUAUCUGUUCUGUGGGCAUGCUCUGGCUUGGUGGCAUGGCAGGGGAAGGAUACUGCAAAAUCCCCAUUUCCUCCACACUCCUGGGGGAAGGAUAUUGCAAAAUCUCCAUUCCCACCCCAUUCUGGGGUCAGCCAGAGGUGGUAUUUGCCGGUUCUCUGAACUGCUCAAAAUUUCCGCUACUGGUUCUCCAGAACCUAUCAGAACCUGCUGGAUUUCACCCCUGAAUAGUUGGUUGGGUUCAGACCAGGGGUGAAAUGCUCCCAGUUCAGACUGAAUUUCCCAAUCCGGUAGCGAUGGUGGUGGGUGGUUCGGAGAACUGCUAGCAAAACUCCCUGCGCCCCCCACCCCGAUGCUCAGCUGAGCCGCACGAUCA